AUCCGGAAUUUGUCGGCCAAUACGACCGAAGAAGCCCUGCGGCUCAUGCUUGUCUUUUCAAAUGAGCUGAUGAGUGUCGAGCUCUUGGCUCCUAGCAAUUCUGACGACCCGCGCUAUCGCUCGGCUCUGCUGUACUUCCAAUCCAUGAACGGCGCGGUUGAAGCCCAAACCAACCUCAAUGGCCGCGUCAACAUGAACAAUAGUGGCAGCAUGCUGGUUGAUGUCUUGGCCGCAUCUACCUAUUCGUCACCCGUCAGAAUGACGCCUAACCCGGUUCCCCUGGCCAGCCCAAGUGGCUCGUCCAACGUUGACCCUUUUAUGACGGCGGUUGCUCGUCCUCAGCCGAGCCUUGGCAAUGGAUUCCCGUCCCACGACGCAAUGUCGCCGACAAUGAGGGGCCGCUUCUUCGGUAGCGUUGCUCCCCAUCAGGACCUUGCCGCUCCGGAUACGGAGGCUAGCAAUCACUACAAGAACCUGUUCAACCCCCAGUCGCCUAUUGGAAACCAUCUUGCCAACGAGCUGCCUGGCCGGCUGGGCAAAUACAUCAUCAACAACGAGCUUGGCGAUGACGACGAUAGUGAACUCCUCCGAGACCCCAUCGCCUAUGCGGAAAACGGCACCCCGGCCCAACGUAGAGCUACUGCUCCCAACAUUCCCACCAGCCAAAUGGCGAGCCUUUCCAUCAACACGAGCGCUCCGCCAUUGCCCUCGUACAUCCCAACCCUGACUUCUCCGGUUCAUGGCGUCAGCGGCAGCAACGGAUACAUGAGGGACAGGCAGCAACAACAGCCGAACCAACCGGUGCCAUACGGAAGACCCAACUUCCCUCCCGUCAAUCCUGCGGACCAGAAUCCUCCGUGCAACACUCUUUACGUUGGCAACCUGCCUGUCGAUACCGCCGAGGAGGAGCUCAAGGCAAUGUUUUCCAAGCAGCGAGGCUACAAGAGACUUUGCUUCCGUACCAAGCAGAAUGGGCCCAUGUGCUUUGUCGAGUUUGAAGACAUUUCGUUUGCUACUAAGGCACUAAACGAGAUGUACGGAGCCAUGCUACACAACAGCACCAAGGGUGGCAUCCGCCUGAGCUUCUCCAAGAACCCGCUUGGCGUUCGUUCUGGCCAGCCUCCUUCGCAGGUCUCUCAAACAAAUGUGCCUCCCAUGAACGGGGUGGCUCCGUCCAACAUGUCCAACAGCUUCGCUGCGGCCAGUGGCCCUCCUCCUGGCUUAUCUGCACCACCCGGGCUUGGUUCACGAGGCGCCAGCUACGGCGGUGGUGGCCACAACAUUACGAAUCAACGAAACAUUAUGUUUUCCAGCUUGCCAUCCAACGCUAAUAGUCAUCAUCAACAUCCCCAAGACACCUAUUUUGCAUAUACGAGUUCCAGCAAUGGGAACGGUACUGUGGUCAGCUUCAGCAACUCUGGUUCUUCUCGCACCACACCUUUCUACACUAAUGGAGCGAACAGGCCUGCUAAGCCUCGCACGCCUUUCGCCUAAGUGUGGCAUAUUUACUCUUGGGAGGGCAUAUUGUUCUUUAAUUCCUUUUUGUCUUCUUCUACCCCACCCCCUGCCUUUUCUUUUUGGAAGAGGGGGAGCUACUCCAAGGUACACACAGGGGCAUCUUUUGGGAUACUACGAUAAACUUGAAACUAGCAUCACGGUUUGGGACCGAAGAGGGCGUAACGAGUGUACUUCAGUCGAUUUUCUCUCUCUUUUUUUUUUUUUUUUCUUUUCCCCC